AUGUGUGUAGUGCCAGAGUAUCAGUGUGCAGUGAAACGGGAGGCGAAGAAGGCCCAGAAGGACAAGGAUCGGCCCAAUUCGACCACCAGUUGUUCGCCGGAAGGACCCCCUCCUCCGUCCGAGAAGGUGCCUUCCUUCAAUAGGCCCCCUGCAUUGCCUAGAGAUGGUUCUGCCUGUCUGAUGUUGGAUGGGAACGGGCUGGUGAGGAGGUUAAGUCCCGAGCAAGAGGAGCUCAUCAACAGGCUUGUCUACUUUCAAGAGGAGUUCGAACAGCCUUCCGAGGAUGAUAUCAAGAAGAUCACGAACUUUGCAUUUGAAUCAGACGACCAGGAGUCUCGGUUCAAGCACAUCACUGAGAUGACCAUCCUCACAGUCCAGUUGAUAGUAGAAUUUUCCAAGCGGCUACCUGGGUUCGAUACAUUACAACGAGAAGACCAAAUCACUUUGCUCAAGGUAAAUUCGAAAGUAGAUAUUUAUUCAUUACGAUUCGUGGAACCGUCGAGCGUCGAUUUCACCACCUCGCCUCCCGCAGAGAGACCUUCGUUGUUGGAGCCAAAGAAGGUGGAGAAGAUCCAGGAGAUCUACCUGGAGGCAUUGAGGUCGUACCUGGAGAGCAAGCGCCCCCGGCCGGGCCUCACGUUCGCCAAACUCCUCACCAUCCUCCCCGAGCUUCGGACUUUGGGCAACCUCAACUCCGAACUCUGCUUCUCGUUGAAGCUGAAGAACAAGAAGCUUCCCGCGUUUCUGGCCGAGAUCUGGGACAUCUGA